CUCGCGUCCUCGAGGGUGCAGGGGUUUCAAACCGAGUAUUUGGGACGUUACCUGUUUCUCAGCCACACACGCGCACUGUUGUUUACGUUCUCGGGGUUAUGGGAGGAGUUGGAUUGGGUGCACCUCCACCCCCCGGAUUGGUUCUGCAGCGAGCAAGCUUUAGCUACUUUUCAUACUGAAAACAGCUGGAAAAACUGGUCAAAUCAGAUAUCGUAGACAAUAUCCUUCAAAAUGCAUGUAACAAUUUUGAAGAGGGGACAGGAAGCUCCAGUUGAACAGUGCACUACAUGUUGCAGUCACCUUAAAUACCACUGUCCAUUCUGCACAUCUGAAGUGUACCAUCCAAACGAGUUACUUCAUGUAAAAAACCAUGUGUUCAACCACCUAAGCCUGGCAGUGAAACAUAAAGACUUCAUCAUAGUCAAAUGCAACUUGCACUGCAGAGACCAAGCACAUUUUCAUUGCUGUUACUGUGCAACAACAGUGUUAAGAAAAGUUCAAAUAAUCAAGCAUUUAACAGCAUGCAGAAAACGAUCUUCUGUCUCAUCUCAGUGGCCCUGUACAGACUCCACCUUUGAUACUGAGCCACUGGCUGCCAGAGAACCAGUGUCCAUCACAGAGCCAGCAUCUGUUACAGAACCAGUGUCCAUCACAGAGCCAGCAUCUGUUACAGAACCAGUGUCCAUCACAGAGCCAGCAUCUGUUACAGAACCAGUGUCCAACACAGAGCUAGAAUUUAUCACAGAGCAAGUGUUCAUCUCGGAGCCAGCUUCCAUCACAAGACUAGCAUUCAGCACAGAACCAGUGUCUGUCAUAGAACUAGUGUCCGUCACAGAGCCAGUGUCCGUGACGAAAUUAGUGUCAAGCACCAAAUCAGCCUCGCUAGCAACGCAUGUUCAUGUGCAGAAAAAAGUUCGGUGUACUCACUGUGGAAUUACAGUUAACAAAAAAAAUCUGGAUAUGCAUAUCAGAAGAAAACACAGUUUGAAGAUGCAUGUAACAAUUUUGAAGAGGGAUCAGGAAGCUCCAGUUGAACGGUGCACUACAUGUUGCAGUAACCUUAAAUACCACUGUCCAUUCUGCACAUCUGAAGUGUACCAUCCAAACGAGUUACAUCAUGUAAAAAACCAUGUGUUCAACCACCUAAGUCUGGCAGUGAAACAUGAAGACGUGUUUUUUUCUGUGAUUUUAGACUUCAUCAUCAUCAAAUGCAACUUGCACUGCAGAGACCAAGCACAUUUUCAUUGCUGUUACUGCACAGCAACAGUCAUAAGAAAAGUUCAAAUAAUCAAGCAUUUAACAGCAUGCAGAAGACGAUCUUCUACCCCAUCUCCAUGGCCCUGUACAGAAUCCACCUUUGAUACUGAGCCAAUUGCCAGUGAACCAGUGUCCUCCAAAGAGGCAGCUUCCAUCACAGGGCCAGUUUUUAUCAAAGAGCCAGCAUCUGUCACAGAACCACUAUCCAUCACAGAACCGCCGUCUGUCCCAAAGCCAGUGUCUGUUACAGAGCCAGUAUCAGUGAACAAAGUAGUGUCAAUCACCAAAUCUGCCUCUCUAGCAAAGCAUGUUCAUAUGCAGAAAAAAGUUCAGUGUACUCGCUGUGGAAUUACAGUUAACAAAAAAAAUCUGGAUAUGCAUAAUAGAAGAAAACACAGUUUGAAGAUGCAUGUAACAGUUUUGAAGAGGGGACAGGAAGCUCCAGUUGAACGGUGCACCACAUGUUGCAGUAACCUCAGAUACCAUUGUCCAUUCUGCACAUCUGAAGUGUACCAUCCGAAUGAGCUACAUCAUGUUAAAAACCAUGUGUUCAACCACCUAAGCCUGGCAGUGAAACAUAAAAACUUCAUCAUAGUCAAAUGCAACUUGAGCUGUAGAGACCAAGCACAUUUUCAUUGCUGUUACUGCACAACAACGGUGAUAAGAAAAGUUCAAAUAAUCAAGCAUUUAACAGCAUGCCAAAGACGAUCUGCUAGACCAUCUCCUAGCCCUCCUCCAUGCUUAUCUAAAGCAUUCACCUUUGUCACAGAACCAUCGUCUGCCACAGAAUUAGUGUACAUCACAGAACCAGAGUCCAUCACCAAAUCAGCCUUACUAGCAAAGCAGAAAAAAGUUCGAUGCACUCACUGUGGAAUUACAGUUAACAAAAAGAAUCUUGAUGUGCAUAUCAGAAGAAAACACAGUCUGAAGGUAAAUGGUGUCAGAUAAUACAUCGAUCCACUCAAUGGGACAUUUGCUGUUGAAAAGUCAUUCCACAAACCAUGUACUCCAAUCACUGUCCAGAAGAAGUUGGGUUUGAUAUCAAAAAUUAUGUGUAAAAUGGAUGAUUGUAUUAACAAUGUACACUGGCCAAAAAAAAAAAAAGUUGUACACCUUUAGCUUUGAUUAUGGCACACAUUCAUCGUGGCAUUGUUUUGACAACCUUGAGCAAUGUGACAACAUUUAUUUCCAUUUAGAGUUGCAUUAAUCUAUGGCCUAGGUCUUGUAUUGAGGACAGGAGAGUCAAACCACUCUGUAAAGUGUUCUCCAGCACAAAGACUUUCAAUGGGGUUAAGGUCAGGAUGGUGGUAGCCAAUUCAUGUAUGAAAAUGUUUCCUAAUGCUCCCUGAACUACUCUUUCACAAUUUGAGCCUGGUGAAUCUUGGCAUUGCCAUCCUGGAAUAUGCCUGUUUGGAAAUGCUCUUACAUUCGCUAUUAAACAUAGCCAUUAGUUCUACUGUCGAUUUUAUACAAUGUGACCACCAAGCGUUUUAAAGAUAUCCGGUUUUGAACAUUCAUUUUUCCGACCACAUUUCUUCCUCAAAAUUGACAGUUCACCACACUCUUUCCAGGUUUUAAUAACCUGCUGGACAGUUAACCCAAUUCAGAAAGGAUUUCAGCAAUCACCUUAGUUGUUUUCGUUGCUUGAUGCAGGCCAAUAAUUUGCAGAUUCUGAAACACAGUAACAUAUUUUCCACGACUAUGGGAUACGUCUUUUGACAUGGUUGUUUACGAAAUGAGAAGCUACACACUGCAUCAGUUACAGUUAAAAGAAUUGUUGCCAGCUGAAACAUAUUAAUCAGUGCAAUAAUGAUUAGAGAUGCACCGAUGUAUCGGCUGAUAAAGGCUAUUUUUCCCACUCGGAAGUGAGCAGCAGUGAAGCGGGAGUUUCGGCGUUGAGUCUUUUUUUUUUUUUUUUGCCACGCUGAAUUAAAGGGCCAGUACACCGUUCCAAGAUUUAAAUGAAGAUGAGUUGACAACAAAGUAUGUAUUGCACAAAAAAUGUAUUUGUAGAGCACUGUAUUUCAUAUCCAGUUAAUGUUAAUAUAUAAAAAAAGUUUAUAUUAUAUAUUACCAGUUUGAUGUCAAUGAUGAAGUAGAAAUGCUUUUGUUUGUGGUGAGUGAAUGUGAGACUAACAGGAGGUUUUUUUUUUAAUUUAGUCAAUUAAUUCUGUAAAUAUGAAUUAAUAACAUUCAAUAAGUUAAGAAAUCUUAAUUUAAUCUUCAGAAUUUUGUUAAUGUUAAUUUGAGUAAUGUGUUUUCUGUUUAUGAGACCAGGUACUGUGAAACAACUUGUUGAUUGUUGAAAUGGUGAGAAUAAAGUUUUUAUUUGCA